AUGGAGGUCGAUGCUAGUGCUACGGCGCGGCCCGUGGCGCGUCCUAGACCCUUCCCAGCGGAGGGCGCGAGCCCCGGGCCCCGCUGCGGCGCCACCGCCCUGGAGGGCGGUUCGAAGAGCGCGGAUGGAUCCUCCCCGGCCCAGUCUGCGGCAGGCAUUCGUCUGGCGGGCGCGACCAACGACGUGCACGUUUUCGACGUUAAGACCGGAAAGUGGGAGAAGAUGACGCCGCUCGGGGAGGCGCCUUCGCCGCGCGCUGCGCACGCGGCGGCUGCGGUCGGCUCCAUGGUGGUGGUGCAGGGCGGCAUCGGCCCUGCGGGGCUGGCCUCUGAAGACCUGCACGUGCUGGAUUUCUCAGACCCCGAACGGCCGCGGGUUCUGGUGCAGGGCGCGGGCCCGAGCGCGCGCUACGCGCACACGCUCAGCCUGGUGGCCAACCGCUUCCUGGUGGCCAUUGGCGGCAACGACGGGAAAAGCACGCUGGGCGACGCGUGGGCGCUGGACACCAGCGAGAAGCCGUACGCGUGGCGCAAGAUCACGGAUGCUGGGGACAUGCCCUGCCCCAGGAUGUAUGCGGCGGCAGCGGCGCGCUCCGACGGCCUGCUGCUGCUCUGCGGCGGCCGCGAUGUCGGCGGCACGCCGCUGGCGGAUGCCUUCGGCUUCGCGCGCCACCGCGACGGGCGGUGGGAGUGGCAUGCGGCGCCGGGCAGCAUGCCGGCGGGGCGGUAUCAGCACGGGGCGGUGUUUGCGGGGGCGCGGCUGCACAUAUCCGGCGGCGCGGUCGGCGGCGGGCGCAUGGUGGACGAGGCGACCAGCACUGUUAUGCUCGACACCAGCGGCGGCGCCUGGGUCGCGCCCGCGACCGGCGACGCGCCCGGCGGCGACGACCCCGCGCGGCGCUGCCGCCACGCGGUCGCGAGCGCGGGGCCGUUUGUGUUCCUGUAUGGUGGCCUCAAGGGCAGCCAGCUGCUGGAUGACCUUUUGUUGGCUGACGACAGCGCGGGCACCGAGCUCGUCGUCUGCGACCCCCGCAGCCCCGCGUGGAGCACCUACCUCAGCAGCGUACACGGCAGCACCAACGCGGCCCACCUGCUGGCAGAGGCCGCGGCGGCAGAGGCGGCUGCAGCGGCCGCCGCGAUCAAAGUCAAGGAGGAAGGCGGCGACUCGAAGGCGCGCGCCGCCGCGGCGCUGCAGGCGGACGCGCUGCGCGACGAGAGCCCGACGCUGACGCUCGCGCAGCGGCGGCUGCCCGGCGGGGGCGGCAGCCCGCCGCCAACGCCGGACGUGCGGCUGUACCACAGGGCGGUGGUGGCGCCCAUGGAGCCGCCGCUGAGGGGCCUGGUGCGCCAGCUCAGCAUCGACCAGCUGGACAAUGAGGGCCGCCGCGUCAGCGCGUACCCCGACGGCACCGGCGGCGGCAGCGCGCCAGGCACUGCGCCAGCCAAGAGCCCGCUGUUCAGCCGCAGCCUGUCCAUGCCCGGAGUCCACAAGCGCGUGAUCCACGAGCUGCUGCGGCCGCGGCAGUGGAAGCCCAACCACGAGGACCGCCGCUUCAUGCUAUCGGAAGGGCUUCGGGGAGCACGCGUCGCGGCUGCGGCCGGCCGGGCCGUGGCGCGGAGGGGGGGCAGCGCCGCGGGCGGCCCUGGCGCCGAGCGCGCCUGGCGGUCGUUGGCGUUGGGGCCGGAGGCGGGCCACUGCUUGCCCUAG